AAGUUAUUUAAAGUUGUCUAUGCUCAAUUCCAAAUUUUAAUAUAAGAGUGUUGAUCACACCCUGUUUGUCAUCUACCGUGGUUCAUUGUUCUUCUUGCUCUCACCCACUCACCAUGAAUUUGUUCAACUGGCUCUCUUUGUUCAUCGUUUUUCACGUCUUUGCUGCAACACCUCGCAUCUUCUCGUUAACAGAUUCAUCCACACAACUCCCUGUCAACUUUCUAGAUGCUGCCAAGAAGCCUGAGGUAUUUGACUAUAUGGUCAGAAUCAGAAGGAAGAUUCACGAGAAUCCAGAAUUGGGUUUUGAGGAGUUUGAGACCAGUAAAUUGAUUAGAGCAGAAUUGGAUCAACUGGGUAUACCCUAUAAACACCCUGUUGCAAUCACUGGUAUAAUUGGCUUCAUUGGGACUGGAAGAUCGCCUUUUGUUGCAAUAAGAGCUGAUAUGGAUGCUCUCCCCAUGCAGAGUUCAAGUGGUGAAGGAUAGUGGGUUCUAGUGGUGUUGUUCCAGGAGUCUUACCGUUCGGUGAAGGUGAAUGCUAUUUUUGGCUUGUCAGGAAUGGGUUUCAAGAAUUAGGAAAAAAUACUAUCAAGUAGCAUAUGGCAACAUAAAGAAUUCAGAAAGCUUGCAUUCUAAUUCAUCAGUGCGUCGAUGCUGCAGUCUUUCAGAAGAUCUCCAAAGGUACAACAUCGAAACAAGCUUGGGAUAGGGGUUGACAAAACGAAGAAGGUGAAGUUCCAAACUCUUUGAAGGCAAUAUGAGUUACUUUAUGUGUCCGAUCAUUUGUCUAUUGUUGAUUACUUCAACCAAAUUCAAGUAUUAUCAAUGAGAUGCAAAGAAGAGUUAACAAGGUGUAUUAAAAUUUUAAUAGAAAAAGAGUGGCUGCUAUGUAAAAGUGUUAAGAACCGGUGUAGGUGGUGAGUAUCUGUCAGACGAGUUACAAAAAUUUGGGAGACAGAAGAUAUUGUGCAUGAAGUAACAUCACCUUACACUUCACAACAUAAUUCUGCUGCUGAGAGAAAGAACAUGGUGAGGAGCAUGCUCAAGAGUAAGAAAGUUCCUACUUAUUUGUGGGGUUAAACAGCCUGCCCUGCUGCUUUCAUUCUAAAUAGAAGUUCAACUAAAAGAUUGAGUGGUAAGACGCCAA